AAGAGGGAGGGGAGAGUGCGAUCGAUUGGUAAAGUCGGGAAGAGAUGAAGGAGGCCGCGGCGGGGCUGGGGCACCUGCUGGUGUUCGCUUUUCUUUUCUGCGUCGGCGCCUUCAUGGUGGCGCCGGUGAUCGUCGACGUGACGAUGGCGGCGCUCUGCCCCGGCCAAGACCAGUGCUCCCUCGUCAUCUACCUCACCGGCCUCCAGCAAGCCAUCACAGGCCUUGGAGCACUCGUGGUGACGCCGGUCCUUGGGAACCUGUCUGACAGAUAUGGUCGCAAGGCGUUGCUCGCUCUCCCGGCAACCCUGUCCAUCGUCCCAUUGGCCAUUCUGGCGUUUAACCAGACGAGGCCAUACUUCUACGCGUACUAUGUCGCCAAGACGCUGACGGCGAUGGCCUCCGAGGGCGCCAUGAUGUGCCUCUCGCUCGCUUACGUGGCUGACAAGGUGCCGGAAGAGCAGCGGGCGGCAGCCUUUGGGGUGUUCUCUGGCGUCUGCACCGCCGGCUUCGUUGUGGGCACCAUCGCGACCCACUUCCUCUCCGUCUCCUCUACGUUCCAGGUGGCGACGUUGUCGGCUGUUGCUGCGGUGGUGUACAUGAGGGCCUUCGUCCAGGAGACGGACCGCGGGGCGUCGCUGAUGCGCGACGAGGAUGCCUCCCUUCUCCUCUUCGCUCCUUCCUCCAGUGCCGAGGAGUUGUCGCCGAGGCUCCCGCCUCUCCGGAAGGCGCCCUCGCUGUCGGAGAUGGUGGCGCUUCUUACCAGCAGCUCGACUUUCACGAGAGCAGCGGUCAUCACAUUUUUCCAUAGCCUUGGUGAAACAGGCCUGCAAACUGCAUUACUGUAUUUCCUGAAGGCGCAGUUCCACUAUACCAAGAACCAGUACGCAAAUUUGCUGCUUAUUUUUAGCAUCAUGGGAAGUUUCUCACAGCUGACCAUGAUGCCUCUACUAGCACCAAAGCUUGGUGAGCAGAAGCUACUCGUCGUCGCACUUCUAGGGAGCUGCGUGCACGGAUUCCUAUACAGCAUUGCAUGGUCAUUCUGGGUGCCUUAUCUUGCUGCAAGCUGUGUCAUUCUAAGCAUUUUGGUUGGCCCUUGUAUAAGGAGCAUUGUAUCAAAAAAAGUAGGACCUUCUGAGCAGGGAAUGGUUCAAGGUUGUAUCACAGGAAUCAGCUCAACUGCAAGUGUUAUAUCUCCUCUAGUAUUUACUCCCCUCACGGCCUGGUUCCUAUCGGAAACUGCACCUUUCAAUUUCAAAGGUUUUAGUCUUGCCUGUGCUGGAUUUGCAACGUUGGUAGCACUUAUAAUGAGCAUUAAUAUGAGGCCAGCAGAAGUUCAGCCAGAUAACAAAUAGAAGAACAAGUGAAUACAUGUCCAUGUACAGAUGACAGAAAUCUAGAAUGCUAAUAAUCUCCUCUUUCUUACUUACCAUCAAUAGCCAUGAUCAAUUUAGGUAGCUGUUCUAUCCUUGUCAAUGGAUUACGACAAAAAAUAGUGGUCUAAAGAAUCAAUAGUAGAAGCAGGUUAAAAUGUAUUUGAUAGUUGACACUUGGACAUAGCUAAUUAGUUGGGAAUGUAAAGCUUGGAGUAAACCACUAUGCAACAUUUAAUAUGCAUAGUUAACA